AUCGGCAACCGUGCCCUAAUCGCACUCCACGGUCCAUCACUGUUGACGAAGGACACUUCGUGCCAAUCCGACGAGUCCAACACCCCAGCGGCCCUGCACUCCGGUCAAGCGCGAGGAGAUCCCCAUCUCCCUCGAGGAACUGAGGCAGUCGCACAGCCUACAGCGACCCCUCAAGUGAUCCCCCAGUCCUCCCUGCGGCCGCGGUUGGAAAGGCCUCCCAAGACCGAGCCCCGCGACACUCCGCCGCAUUCUUGGGCCAGCUCGUCGUCAGCGGUCACCGCCUCGACUUCAGUCCCUGUCCUACGUCACCCCGCCUCCGGGCUUCCUCAACCGACUUCACCGCCAUCGCCGCCGCGAGGCCGCUCAAGCACUCGUUCCUCGAGAAGUCCGCCCGGCGGACAGUCACAACAGUCGCCUUCGUCCGCGGGCAGUCCUUCGUCCCCCUUGUCGCCGAUAAUGUCCUCUCCCGCUGCCGUACCUGAUAAGGAGACGUUGAAGCUCCUCCUCCCGCUCCGAUACGAUGGGAAGUCGGUGGUCGAAUGCAACCGCUUCAUCUCGCAGUUGCUCAUCUACUGGACGAUCAACACGGCCCUCUUUUCCCUCGAGCUGAAGAUCCAGGUUGCCCUCAGUCUUCUCGAUGGUGACGCGCGAGCUUGGGCCACCCCCAUCUUCUCCCAGCUUGCCUCCGUCCAAAUCGGGAUCCAGGGAGCGACAACCCCCUUCGUCGACGAAAAAGCCUUCCUUCAGGCAUUCAAGGCCCGUUUUGGCAAUCUCGACGACGCCGCCGCGGCACAGGUGGAGCUUACCAAGCUCUGCUCCGACAAAACCAUGCACGAGAAGCGCACCGCCGCAGAAUUCUCUGCGCUGUUCAAGGGUCCGGCGGACCGUUCCGGGUAUGGGAACCUGGAACUACGUGACAAGUACCUGAGCGGCAUCCCUUCCCGCGUCUAUCGCAAACUCGAGCUCGAAACCUUCGCCACGUGGCAAGCUGCUGACAAGCGCGCCACCGAGGUCGAGCAAAUCCUCGACGUUAGCCGGGCUCGUCGGCCCGAGCUAAACAGCUUCUUCUCGGCA